AUGAAGACGAAGGAGAAGCACGGGGUUUCGGUUGCUGGUUGUGAUUUCGCGGUUCGUAUUCGCCGGAGCUCGGAGCUCCGGCGUGAAGGGCUGGCGGCGGUGUCAACAGCUCUCUGGCAGCGUCUAGACGAUAUCGUUCGUCAAUGGAUUUAUGGAACCAUUUCUAAUGAUCUUCUUAAUUCUAUUAUCAAUCCAGAUGACACUGCUAUGGAUGCCUGGAAACGAUUGGAAGAUUGUUUUCACAACAAUAAAUCGGCUAGAGCAUUACACUUGGAUGCUCAAUUCACAAACACUCGUUUGGAGCAAUUUACUGGCGUCAAACAAUAUUGCACUCACCUGAAAACUUUGGCAGAUAGCUUGAGGAAUGUCGGGGAUAAAGUCUCUGAUAACCCUAUGGCUCUUCAACUUCUUAAAGGCCUAUCCGAAGAGUACAAACCCUUUCGGACAUCGGUUCGUCAUAUGUCUCCUCUUCCGUCAUUUGACACCCUUCGAUCCAUGCUUGAACUUGAGGAGCAAGGCAAUGAAGACACGGACACUACCUCUGCCACCGACACAAACGAGUCUGCUCUUUUCUCAUCCUCUAAUGAUGCUACGGGUUCUCAGUACGGUUCAGCAGGCAAUGGAACCACAAACCAUAGCAAUUCGGGUAGUCGUGGCCGAAAGUCGAACAAGGGACGCGGUGGUAAAAACCGUGGUGGUAGCACCGGUGGCCGGAACAAUAACCAACUGGGGCAGCAGCAGCCGAAACCCAAUAAUAAGCAGCAGCAACCACCGAGAGGAAAUCAACAGCAGCAAUUUCCUUGGAUGUUCCCUUCUCCUUGGGCCUUUUAUCCUCAACAACCUUGGGCCACUCCUCCUUGCCCAUAUCCAUCUCAACAACAAGGCCCAUAUUUCUACAGUCCUAGGCCUUUGGCAAGAGAUAAUCAACAAGGCAUUCUUGGUCCAAGGCCCACUCAAGCCUAUUAUUCUGAUGGAUCUCAGUCUACUACGGGUUAUGCUCCUACGGACAUCAAUCAAGCUAUGCAUACUCUAUCCAUGAUCGACCCGAAUUACUACAUGGACACAGGAGCUACAUCUCACAUGAGCAAUUCCCGAGGAUUUACAGACGGGGAGCAAAAUAAUAAGGUGUAAUAGCACCGGAGACCUCUACCCUUUUCAAGAUGUCGCUUCUUUCAAUUCUCCUUCAGCUUUUGCAGUUCUUUCUUCUAGUGUGUGGCAUUCCCGU